GAGGAUGUGGAGGACAGUCACCGCAUCCCCCCAUCUCCAGUGGUCCAUGUCCGAGGACUGUGUGAUGCUGUGGUAGAGGCUGACCUGGUGGAAGCUCUUGAGAAGUUCGGCACCAUCUGUUACGUGAUGAUGAUGCCGUUUAAGCGGCAGGCCCUGGUGGAGUUCGACAGUGUGGAGAGCGCUGAUCGCUGUGUGACGUGUGGAGCCCGUGAGGCCGUGUACAUUGCUGACCAGCAGGCCUUUUUUAACUUCUCCACGAGCCAGAGGAUCACCCGACCCACCAACGCAGACGACCCCACCAGCAGGAAYAAGGUCCUGCUGCUGUCCAUCCAGAACCCUCUGUACCCCAUCACCACCGAUGUGUUGUACACUGUGUGUAACCCCGUGGGUAACGUUCUGAGGAUAGUCAUCUUCAAACGGAACGGCAUCCAGGCCAUGGUGGAGUUUGAGUCAGUGGAAGACGCUCAGAAGGCCAAGCUGGCUCUGAACGGAGCUGACAUUUACUCGGGUUGCUGCACGCUUAAGAUUGAAUAUGCUCGGCCCAACAGACUGAACGUCGUCCGCAAUGACACCAGCAGCUGGGAUUACAGCAAACCCUUUCUCCUGCACCGAGGUGAAGUUCAUGAAGAGUGUUCCUGGAACAGCACUCGUGGAGAUGGGAGAUGAAUACGCUGUGGACCGAGCAGUGACUCACCUCAACAGCAUCAAGGUGUUUGGAAAGAAACUCAAUGUCUGUGUUUCCAAACAGCAGGCAGUGAUUCCCAGUCAGGUGUUUGAGCUGGCUGACGGCAGCAGCAGCUAUCAGGACUUCAGUCUGACCAGAAACAACCGCUUCAGCAGCACUCACAGCAACAGGAACAUCAUCCAGCCUCCAGCUGCUGUGCUGCACUUCUACAAUGCGCCCCCCACCCUCAGCCAGCAGCAGCUGCUCAAGUUGUGCUCUGAACACAAUGUUCCUCCCUUCACCAAGUUCAAAGUGUUUGAUGCCAAACCCAGCUCAAAGACUCUGUCAGGUCUUCUGGAGUUUGACAGUAAAACUGAAGCUGUUGAGGCUUUGACUGUCCUCAACCACCACCAGAUCAGAAUACCCAGCAGCUCCAACCCCUUCACCCUGAAACUCUGCUUCUCCACGUCGUCCCACCUGUGACCCACAAACUGCAGCUCUGCAGGCAGCGCACGCUGAAGGAAGCUGCUUUGUUCCACUGAAGGCUGAGCAGACUUGAUGUGUUUGAAAAGUGAAUAAAUGAAUAUAGCAUGUUCCACAGCGCCUUGUUAACAUCAUGACCAGAACCAGCUCCAGGCGUUUACAUGUCAGAACCUGACCYAUAGUUUACAGUGUGACCCAUUUGGUUCAAUGAAAAUACUUGAAGGUUCCCACUCGUACCCACUGCUGAUCACAGCCUGUGUGAGUGCAAUGUUUCAAAUUUGGCCCCGCCUCCUCCCUGUAAUGUAACUAAAGGACUAGUGUUUUGGAGGGAAUGCAUACGUGUCAGACUCAAAUCAGCUUAAGAUGAGAAAUAAUGGAGUUGUAGYUGUUUGGUGUGUGAGACAUGAUGAACCGUCAUUCAGAGCAUCUGUUGUGAAUAACUCUCAGCUACUACCACACCAACCUGAGCUCAGUAUCUGUCAAACUGACUGACUUACAGCAAUUGUUAUUUUGGCUCAUGUUCAUUAAUUGUGGCCAUCUUGGAUUGAAUAGGAGGGUUUCASGUGACGUCACGAUGCAGCGCCACUAGAGCGCGAAGUUCAGCUGGAGGUCAGGAAGUGAAAAAGUGGAGGAUCUGCCAUCUGAAAAAAUGCCCAAAUCUUGUGUAGUUUGAGUGCUCCACUCAAUCUAACUGAAUUAAUAAUAAAUAAUUAUACACUGA